CACGAUUACAAUCACGAUAACAGCCCAUGACAUUUAAAUGUAUUUUUAGUUGAACACGAAUAAGCGAAUUGCGAUGGAGUUAAAGACUGCUAAGUGUCUUAAAUACGCAAAAUCUCCUAAAAUUGCAACUGACAUAAAAGGACUCGAUACCGUUUUAGGAGGCGGUCUUAAGCAAGGAAAAUUGUACGAACUGGUAGGCAGAUCAGGUUGUGGAAAAACACAAUUGUGCAUGAGGCUCUGCCUAAAUGUCCAAUUAUGCAAAUAUGGCUACACGGGAAAAGCAUUAUAUUUUGAUACUCGAAAGGAUUUUAAUCCGGCACGGCUGAAAGAGCUGGCGGAGGAGCUUGCAGCGCGCCCAAAUGUUGGUCAUAUGUCUGGAUUAGCACCCACAGCAACCGAAAUGUUAAGAAAUGUGUUUUAUGUGGAUUGUCAUACCGCUGCCCAACUUGUUGCUGGCUUAUUGAAUUGCCAUAAGUAUUUGGAGAGGCAACCCAAUAUUAAACUGAUAAUUGUCGACUCAAUAUCGUUUGCGAUUCGUAGCUUGAAUCACGUAUUCGAGCGCACGGAUCUCCUGAUGGAACUGCAUAAUAUUAUGCGUACACUGCAAACGAAACACAAUUUAACCUUCGUCUUGACGAACAAUUUGGCGUAUCGCCGGAAAAGGCGUCGAUUUGAAUUGGAGGCGGUCUUAGGAAAAAAGCACUCAAUGAUAAUCAAUACGCGCAUCUGGCUAAUGAAACAUGAUUGUUUUAUAGGAAAAAGAUCAAGAACGAAAAGAUUCAUAUGUAAAUUAUCCACAUAACACAAUAAUUAGAUUUUUUCUAAAAAAAUUUUCUAAUGAGAAAGCUCAAAAUUUAGUAUGUUUACGUCA